CCAACAAGUGGAACAAUGGACCUGAUCAAGAAUGCGGACAGAGACAGCGGGACAAUCCUCCAGAACAACGGGAUAUGUGGUUAUCAAUGUCCAGGCUGUGGAAGUGACGUCCUCGGGUACAUUCGGUGCUACCGCCAACGACACGGUGACCGUGACAAUCAAGGACAAGAACGACAACUCUCCUACGUUCAGCAGCUCCCACUACGAGGCUACCAUCCAGGAAAACAUGCCGGCAGGGAUAACCAUCACUUUCACGACACAAUCAGUACAUGUGGAGGAUUUGGAUCAGGGGGACAACGCCAAGCUAUCGCUGACACUAGAUUCAUAUUCAUCGACGUACUUUGAGAAUGUCCCGUCCACGGUCCAGGGAUCAGCAAGUCUGCUGAUCAGAGUGAAGGAUAACAUCGUCCUCGAUUAUGAACAGAGACAGAGCAUUACACUGACGGUUUGGGCCAACGAAACAUCCACACCAGAGGAAACAGUGCAUCUACAACCAUUCAUCUAAAUAUAACAAAUCAGAAGAACAACAGUCUCAACUUUACCAUGUCAGAAUACAGCGCAUCUGUCCAGGAGGGUAGCAGCAUCUCAACAUCUGUCGUCACCGUCAAGGCUACACACAAUGAUCUGCCGGAACUUUGGAACUGAAAGCGUAUGCACUACGGUGUGCCGACGGAAUGUUCUCCAUCGAUUCCUCUGGUCUCGUAACUGUGGCCUCUGACCAGCUGGACAGAGAGACCAAGUCUGUGUACUACAUAUCGGUGGAGGCCACAGACCCCGGAGGAUUGAAGGACACCGCUCAGCUCACUGUCAGCAUCACGGACGUCAACGAUAAUGCACCGGUAUUCAGAAGAGACUACGACGGGUAUUUGAAAGAAAAUGAAACCUCCUUUAGUAAACCCAUCAUUGUGUCGGCCACAGACGCUGACAUUGGGGUCAAUGCCCAGGUGAGGUACAGCAUCAGCCGGACCUACCCAAUCGGCCUCGACUCCCACUUCGCCGUGGAUGGUGUCACCGGUGUCCUCUCCGUGGUCGUUCCUCUCAUGAACAGUGACACUAGCCAGGUUGUUGUAUCGGUGCGGGCCACGGACUCUGGCACACCUCCACUAUUCUCUGAUGUUAACGUUACAAUUAGUCUCCUGACACCUGCACGAACAUGUAGAGAAACAGAUUGCCGUCACAACUUUACAAAUUGCGAGUUGGCCAGAUGUGAAGAUCCCGCCCACCCAAUAUGUGUGCUGUGUCGGGGAGGUCAUACCCUCUUCCAUGGACAGUGCAGGGCGUGUCCACCCUGCACACCCAUCCUGCACUGCGAGGAGGAGGAGACAUCAUCCAGUUGCCUCUUCAGGAGGUGCAGCAGGUGCGAGCAGGGAUUCUACCGAAAAGCUGGUGCUUGCGAGGUAUGCCCCCGCCCCCAUGCUGGAUGCCGUGAUCUGAUCUGCUCCUCCGCCACCGACGUCCACUGCACCAGCUGUUAUCCGAGCUUCUAUCUCACAGGAAACACCUGUUCAGAAUGCCCUCAAACAGGACCUGACUGCCAACAAGUCGAGUGUACAGGUCCUCGACAGGUGACCUGCACGAAAUGCAAAGACGGGUUGUUCUUCUUUAACAACCAAUGCACAGCCUGUCCGUCCACGAUCCUGAUCCCUGAUUGUGUAGACGUUGCCAGAGACGGCUGCUUCAAACACUGGUGCAGGAAGUGUGCUCCUGGCUUCUUCAUCAGCGGAACAGUCUGUGAUGUCUGUCCCCUCCCUGAUGCGGGAUGUCAAGUAGCAGAGUGUAACUCCUCCUCAUCAUAUUCGAAUUGUGUACGCUGUUUCCAUGGUUACCAUCUACAAGGAGGAUUAUGUCAUCAUGACUCUGGACAAGGAUCAACCCCCAGUCAGUGUGCGGAUCAUCCCAAGGCCGACUGUGCCUCUCUACAGGCAUCGCUCAACGUCUGCUCAGAACCGAGUACGGCCUGUCACUACUGCCCCCGGUACUGCAACAUGUGUGACACGUGCACCCAAGGCAUGCCUAUCAUUGGCUAAUGACGUCUGAACCAGGAUAUAACGUUUACCUAAUAUUACAAAUUGAAUGAAUACUUGUUACAGAAAUUAAUAAAGCCAAAGUAAAUACCCA